AUGCUGGUUUAUACCAAAGAAAGACACAAAAUGAUGGAGUAUCUCAACACAUCUCGGGAGAAUAUGGAUGUGAUGUUUCGGGGCGGGACCAUUCUUCAGACUGAAUAUAAGGAGGAUGCCGAAAUGAACGACAAAUCCACCCACAGUAGUUGUGCAGGUUACUUUGUGCUGGAUGAUGUUAAACUUAUUGACUGUUGUUGGAUCAGCAUUUCCCCAGGCAAGUGACAAGAUUGCUACCAUGCACCUCCGCUGACUUCUCUGUCUUGUAGAUGGUACAAAGGGGUUGCAAAAUUAAUCUCUACUUGCAUCCACACAGCAUUUAGUUGCCAAGGAUGUUGCAGGAGAUUUAUUACAAUGGCAGUGCCAUUGAAUAUCGGCAGGCGAUGUUCUGCUCUUUCUAUUCAUAGACCAUUAUUGCCUGAAACUUAGCUGGCAUAUCAUUACUUGCCACAUACCAGCCCCAAAUAAAAGAGUUUGUGACAUAUUUGGCAAGGGAAUGGAAUAUGAGAAUUUCUGGAAAACCAUUGAUGAAUUGGCCAACAAUAUUAGGAGACUGUGUCUGGGUUUUGCUGCAGGAAUCACAUUGAUAUCUGAGUUAUAUGAAUGGAACUGAACAUCAUGCAGUGAACAUGGUCACUUCAGACCAAAUAACAGAGAAAGGUCACUGGCGAUAUAAUUGAAGAUGGCUGUGCCUGACUCCCCACCCUAAAAGCUUUCUGGAUUCAUACUUUGGGGCUGAGAAGAUUUGGCUUCAAGCAGCUUAUUUGAUUAUUGUGCUUGUGUCUUGACAAUUAAUUCAAAUUGUUAUCUAAACUCAUGAAUGAGAAAAACUGUUCAUUGAUACUUUCAUAUCUGUUAAUCCAGUUACAAUGAAAAGCUCUCUAGAUAUUUUAAUAGUGAUUUCCGCGACAUAACACCACAGAUGGAGGAUUGGCCUAGUUUUCAUUCCUGUGACCUGCUCUAAUCACACAAAAGGUUGCCACAUUAAAAAAAAACAUUUAUUUCCAGUGGCAUUGUUGUAUUUAGACAAAAUAUAUGUCAAUACGUUAUAGGAGCAGAGUUAGACCAUUUGGCCCAUCGAGUCUAUACUAUUCAAUCAUGGCCGAUCUAUCUUUGACACCCUUACUAAUCAAGAAUCCGUCAAUCUCUGCUUUAGAAACACCCAAUGACUUGCAAACACCAUCUAGUGCAGUUCCAAUGCUGUCAAACAAUCAUCAUAUCUUAACCGAGUCAUCCCUGGAAGAUAUCCCUUUCAUGAGUACGAGUCAAGAUUUGGUUGAUAUUUCUUAAAGUGAUGGGUAAUGCGGCAAUCUUUUGGAAGUUAUGGCUGAACCAAUUUUUGGUUUCUGUUGCAGCUAAAGCAAAUUUAUAAAUUAAUUUCACUAAGAGUAGUGAAAGGGCUCCAGAAGUACAAACCACCUGCAUUUAUUUAACAUCUUUUUUUAAUUUCAACCAGCAGCCAUGAUUUUAUCAAAUAGCAGUGCAGACUAGAAGACCCAAGUGGCCUAAUCUAGAUCCUAAUUUGUCUCUUUAAAUUAUUUCAAUCCGUAAAUGUAUUUGAAAUCUAGCAUCAAACAUGCUCAUAAUCCUAACACAUUCGAUUCCAAGCUCUGUAAUGGGAAGAGAUUGCUGGUAGAGAGAGAAAAUGAUUCAUUGAUGUUCUCAAAGCCCCCUCGAGAAAUGGCUUGGUAUAAUUGUAAAAAUUGUCCCCGGUGUGUGUAGAAUAGAGUAACUGAGAUCGCUGGUCGGCGCGGACUCGGUGGGCCGAAGGGCCCGUUUCUUCGCUGUAUCUCUGAAUUAAACUAAACAUUGAAACAUAGAAAAAUAGGUGUAGGAGCAGGCCAUUCGGCCCUUCGAGACAGCACCGCUAUUCAAUAUGAUCAUGACUGAUCAUCUAAAAUCAGUACCCGGUUCCGGCUUUUUCCCAAUAUCCCUGGUUUCCUUUAGUCCUAAGAGCCAAAUCUAACUCUCUCUUGAAAACCUCAAGUGAAUUGGCCUCCACUGCCUUCUGUGGCAGAGAAUUCCACAGAUUCACAACUCUGGGUGAAAACGUUUUUCCUCACCUCAGUCCUAAAUGGCCUGCCCCUUAUUCUUAAACUGUUACCCCUGGUUCUGGACUCCCCCAACAUCGGGAACAUUUUUAUUGCAUCUAGCCUGUCCAAUCCUCUAAGAUUUUUGUAAAAUUGCCCCCUAGCGUGCAGGAUAGAACGAGUGUGAACGGAUGAUCGCUACCAUAUGCUGACUCGGUGGGCCGAAUGGCCUGUUUCCACGCUGUUUCUCUAAACUAAACUAAAACUAUUCCAGCAUCUGCAGUUCCUUUCCACUCCAGAUACUUUGAACAUCAUAGACACAGGGAACUGCAGGUGUUUGAAUCUUGAGUAAAACUACAAAGUGCCGGAGUAACUCAGCAGGCCAGGCAGCAUAUCUGGGGAACAUGGAUAGGUGACGUUUCGGGGUCGGGCUGGCGAGAGCUCCCGACCCAAACCAUCGCCUGUCGUUUCCCCCCAGAGAUGGUGCCUGACCAGCUGAGUUACUCCAUCUCUUUGUGUUUUCCCCCCAAAUUUGAAUGUUGAUUUACAGGCUUCAGACCACAACGGGGGCUUCAAUCAGAGCGUCCCAUUACUCCAAUGACUUUGUAUCUCUCUCUCUCUCUGUUUAAUAUUAACUCAAACACGUCUUGAUAGUGUCAUCAAAGAUGUAAACAGUGUGCUGGAGUAACUCAGCGGGUCAGGCAGCAUCGCUGAAGAAAAAGCAUGUGGGGACCCUUGUGGGGACCCUUCUUCAGGCUGCAAGUAGGGGAUAUGUCACCACAGGGAGCGAUCGCUGUGUUCAAUGAGCCGCUCGGGUUUACGAUUUUUGCAUUUGGCUUUGCUGACGACUUCUUGUUUAAACCGUGCAGUGUGCAUGCCAGUUAUUUUGGGAAUAUAAGAUUACAAUGCAAAUGUUACAGCAAAUUAAUCUGUCCUGGGAUAUUUCAAAAUAAUGAAAUGGUGAAGAUCCUUCUUCAUUUAGCUGAUGUCCACAAAAUAAAACCUGCCUGUGCGUGACGCAGGACGAAAGUAUUUAAAGGAAGAUUAAAACCCGCAUGACUCUAAAUACCACCUUCCCCCAUUCCGACCGUUUCAUCCUCCUCUCCAAAGCGAAUGAGAUUAAAUUAAUCGGCACUUCAGACUAAGGACGGGAAGGCGCUGAGAUGCCAGGUACAGGUCUGCGUUGACACUGCGACCGGCCGUGCUAAAGGGGACGGUUUGGACAGAUUUUUUUUUUUUUGGUGUGGUUUCGUAGAGAAUAAAAGGAGGGUGAAAUCUACCAGCACGGCCGUGCUUUAGUCACCGUUCGUCUCGCCGGAUGCACAGAGAUGGGAGAAUGGACAAUACUAGAGAGGUUGCUGGAGGCGGCUGUUCAACAGCAUUCGACAAUGAUAGGAAGGUAAGCGGAUUGCCAAGAUCUGCAAAAUCAGCAAAUGAACCUUUAACGCGGCGAACUCCCGAUCUUGCUGACAGUGGUAGUGAUUUUCCGAAUCUUGGUGGUGGCCAUCGUGGGCGAGACAGUAUAUGAUGACGAGCAGACCAUGUUUGUAUGCAACACCCUCCAGCCCGGCUGUAACCAGGCUUGUUACGACAAAGCCUUCCCCAUCUCACAUAUACGCUACUGGGUCUUCCAGAUCAUCAUGGUAUGCACUCCCAGCCUCUGCUUUAUAACGUACUCGGUGCACCAGUCCUCCAAACAGCGAGAGAGACAGUACUCCACCGUCUUCAUCACCUUGGAUAAAGACAAGAAGCGAGAAGACAACAAGAUCAAGAACACGACAGUGAACGGGGUGCUGCAGAACUCGGAAUUUUUCACCAAGGAGAUGCAGUCGGACUUUUUAGAAGUUAAAGAAAUGCAAAACUCGGCUGCGAGGAACAGCAAAAUGUCAAAGAUUCGACGGCAGGAAGGGAUCUCGCGUUUCUACAUCAUCCAGGUUGUUUUCAGGAAUGCUUUGGAGAUUGGUUUCUUGAUGGGACAGUACUUCCUCUACGGGUUCAAGGUGCCGUCCAUGUACGAGUGUAACCGAUACCCGUGCGUGAAGAUGGUCGAGUGCUACGUGUCCAGGCCCACGGAGAAGACUGUGUUCCUCGUCUUCAUGUUCGCCGUGAGUGGUCUUUGCGUGAUCCUCAAUCUGGCAGAGUUGAACCACUUGGGUUGGAGGAAGAUCAAAACGGCGGUGAGAGGGGCGCAGGAGCGGCGCAAAUCCAUAUACGAGAUCAGGAACAAGGACUCGCCGCAUAGAAUCGGGGUGCCCAACUUCGGGCGAACUCAGUCCAGCGACUCUGCUUAUGUGUGAGAUGGGAGGGAAGGGCAGGCUCGCUAUUCUCCUCUUGUGCUCGGCUCGAAGGUGAAGCUGCCCGAGGCCGACCCAAGCACGCCAGGGAUGGCUCCCGUGGACACGGGGUGCCCCGCUACCCGCUUCGUUUCGGAAUCUGUCCGGUGGAGUUUACAACGUACCGAAAAUCAGAAUGAGCCCAGCGUGCGUUACACAUUGUCGAAUCAUUCUUACACAUUGCAUGCUGUUUCACCUCGCCAAUUCUGUUGUGCAUUUUAAAAUGUUCCACCGAGCUCCUUCGAGACUUUGAGACCCAACGAACUGGCGAAAACUCCACGCGAAACCGUUCGUAAGUUCUAGGAGCAGAAUUAGGCCAUUCGGCCCAUCGAGUCUACUCCACAAUUGAAUCAUGGUUGUUCUAUCUGCCCCUGCCAACCUCGUUCUAAUGCCUUCUCGCUAUAACCCCUGACAAAUCAAGAAUUAAGUUGCUUGUUUUCGGAUUUGUGCGUGAAGAUACAAAAACAAACCCCUGCUAAUUCAUUCCUGCGCCCACAUUAUUUACACUGUCGUUAUGGAGUAUUUUGUGUAGAAUUAUUGACAUUUUAUUACCAUUCAUGGUAUAAUCAAAACGGCUGCUGAAUGAGAGGGUCGAAACCCUUAUGUGAAUGUUACCCCCCUUUUUAAAGACACUUAAUAAUUGAGCCAUUUUUCCUCUUCACGAGAUAGAAGACACGUUCUGUUUGAAACUGUGCGUUUUAGCACUGGCGAAUGCCGUGGACAGAAAUCUGAUGGACUAAAUUUGUAUAUUUUCUUUUAAAAUACCGUUACUUUUGACGCUGUCUAAUAACAACUAAUUGCAUAGGGUUAAUCUUAUAAUUUAUAUUGAAAACCUAUAUCGUACAGAGCGUUCCAAUGUCUACAGUUUUUAGGAAUUAUUCUCCUGUGUUUGCCUACAUGUCCCUACCGCUAACCUUAAUUUGUCGUACAAUUUUGUAUCUACUUGAAACACCGCGUCUGAUAUUAAACGCCCUCGACAUGCAGAGGUUGUGUGAAGUUAACACAUAUUUAUUUUCAAUGUUCUGAUUCAUUCGGUGUACAAAUGGUAAAUGAACCAAAGUAUCUGAAGUUCUAAACUUCAAUCGGGGAAUGAGUUUCGAAGAAAGGCAUUUCAUCCAAGGUACUCUGCUCAAAAUGAAAUUUAUAUUAGGCCAGUGCAUGUAUGGGCCGGAGGCUAAAAUGUGGCACGGUGGCGCAGCGGUAGAAUUGCUGCCUCACAGCUCCAGAGAUCCGGAUUCGAUCCUGACUGCUGGUGCUGUUUGUACGGAGUUUCUACGUUCUCCCUGUGGGUUUCCUCUGGGUGCUCCGAUUUCCUCCCACACUCCAAAGACGAGCAAGU